GCUUGAUUGAUGCACAUGCAGGAUGAAAAGACGGAUCCUUACGCGUCGACACGCGUUUACGAGGAUACUCGUAUAACAAAGCUGAACGACGUUGGCGGCAUGCUGCUGAUAGAAACGUUCAACGUUAUUCCCGCCGUGGUCGAUGAUCCUUACGUGAUGGGCAGGAUCGCUUGCGCCAUCGCCCACGGGGGUGUCCACUCUCUGGGCCUCGCCAGGUGUUCUAGCACCAGGAUCAUCCUGGGCGUUUCCGACGUUAUGAAAGACGACGAGAGGAAGACGGUGAUGCCAAUGACGAUACGCGGUUACAUGGAUGCAGCGAAGGCAGCUGAUGCAUCUGUCAAGGACUGCCAGGUCUUCCAGAACCCAUGGUGCCUGUUCGGCGGGACCGCCACCGUAGUGUGUUACCUUCACGAGAUAGUCCAGCCCGUGGAUGCGAUCGUCGGCGAUGUUAUAGUACUGACGAAGCCACUCGGAACGACGGUGGCUCUUACCGUAUCGGAAUGGAUGAAGCAACCCGAGAAAAGAAGCAGAUUAGUGUUGACCAUCACCGAAGAGAGCGCGGAAAGGGCUCGCUCGCGCGCCGUUGAUUGUAUGACCAGAACCAAUCAGGCCGCCGCUAUGCUCAUGCGAAAGUACAACGCGCAUGCGGCGUGCGAAGUGGGCUCCUACGGCAUCCUGGGGCAUGCGAGUCUCCUGGCGCAGCGGCAGGCGAACGAUGUCAGCUUUAUAAUUCACAACAUGCCGGUGAUCGCGAGAAUGAGUGCGACCUCAAAGAUCAUGGGCAACACGUUACCGCUCCUGCAGGGCGAAGUGCCCGAGGUGUCGGGAGGACUGCUGGUGGUGUUACCGCGCGAACAGGCGGCAGCUUAUUGCAAAGCUCUGGAGAAAAUCGAGCACAGGCAAGCGUGGAUCGUCGGGAUCGUCGAGAGCGGCAAUCGUACGGCGCGCGUGAUCGACCGACCACGAGUGAUCGAGGUGCCUGCUAAGGAUAACGGUGUCUCGCUGUGCUCUUGGUCCCGGGACCGGUCCACGGACCACGCGUAUACCCUGGAGGAGGACACCGCGGCUCGCGAGGAGAGGACGCCGACGCCGGACGUCGUGGAGCCGGAACAAUCCGGCCGCGAACACGGCGAUCCGCAGGAGGAUGAUCCCUACGAGUACGACGACGACAUCAGGCUACCGGCAACGUCCGGCGAGCGUCGUGAUGUCGACACCGACGACGAUGACGAGGAGUGUCUGUCUCUGUUCGAAGCGGCGAAUUAUCUCGUCUCGGGUUCCUCGGUGCCUACUACAAAAAUCAGUGCACCCUGCUGGGGAUGCAAGAGCUGUACCAUCGAGGGCUUGCCGUUGUUCCUUCUCGGCUCGCCGGUGGAGGCAUCCUGCACGUGCACCUCCUUCUUAUGUAGCAAUCGGGUGAGCCAAAUGACCAAGACCUAUAAUGACAUAGAGGCAGUUACAAGGCUUCUAGAGGAGAAAGAAAAAGACUUGGAGCUGACAGCGCGUAUUGGCAAGGAGCUGCUAGCACACAAUCAGAAGCUCGAGGCUACGGUGAACGCGCUGGAAACCGAGCUGAAGGAAGCGAACGAGAAGAUUACUCAAUUGAAUCAUGAAGUGUCGAAGAAAACUGAGUUAAUACAAAUACUAACAAAUGACGUGGAUGAAUCUAGUUCGGAGGCCGGAACUCCCACCGGCUUCCGCGGCAUCAAUUUCGAGAUGUUGCAGAGAAAAGUUGGCUCGUUAGAGGAUGAAAAUAAGCAACUGCGCAACGAAUUUGCCAAGCUGGUGCACGAUGCUGACCACUCUGAAGAACAGGAGGCACGCCUCGUAAAGGACAUUGCGGCGCAAUUAGCAAAUGCCAACAUGGAGGUGGAUGGCAUAGCGGAGGAGCUCGCUCGCCAAAAGGAAGAGAACCGGUUGCAGCAUGAGCAAAUAGUGAGCCUCACUGCAAAAUUAGCUAAGACGGAACUCAGACUUGCUCAGCUUAUGGCGGAACACGACGAAGUGGGAGCGACUCUAGUCAUCACAAGGGAUAAUCAAAAUACCCUUGCAAGUGAACUAGCCGAAUUUAAAGAGCGAUAUGCAGAGGUGGUGAACUUAUUAGCCGAAACACAAGAGCAGCUGCGAAAACAAAGGAAGCGUGGGAUGCCGGUUGUACGGGGUGGAUCGCUGUUUCCAUCGAUGGGUGCGGCACCGCAGCCGGAUUCUAUCGCUUCGGAAUUGGAAUCGUCCCUUUAUUCUGAAUUGAGUCUCGACUCUGGAAUCAGUACCGGUGAUAGAAUAUCAACGUACAAGAAGGCGUUUGAAACGGUUCGUAGCGCAUCUCGUGCAUCGUACGCGGGCAUGGAUCCCAAUCAGUUUCCCAGGAUAGGCUCCAUGACGACAUCAACGUUAUCCAACAAUUCUACUGGACCGCGAAUGAGCUGUGGACAAAUACGGCCCCAGGCAUCUACGUUUCCUAGUUUGGAUUCCACCGGUCACAGCGAGAGCGAAGGGUCUUUGCUUACCGAAUCGGAGGAUUAUCCAGGGCCACAACGAACCGGGGUUCCUGGUGCUCCAGGUGCGGCCGAUCUAGAAGCCGCUCUGCGCCGCUUAACGCCGGCCGAGGUGUUAGUCAGACGUGCGUGCCUCAGCACAGGCGCCGGUUAUAAUUACGAUUACGACGGUGGUACGAUACAUUCCCCGCCGACCUUCUUGCCUUUCGACUGUCGCACUCCAGACAGCAUCAUGUCGACCGGCAGUAGCGGCAAUCUGAGCGGCUUCAGCGGCGGCAACGCUUGGCGCAUACCGCAGAAGCUGCAAAUAGUCAAGCCCAUGGAGGGAUCUCAGACAUUGCAUCACUGGUCACGAUUGGCGACGCCGACGUUAGGUGGACUGCUAGAGGAUAGACCAGGUGUAAAGACCAGGGGUGGUCGCGCACUCGAGGAUCUCGGCCUCAUAACGUUCGCGUUGAGCGAUCUGGAAGAAGACGAGGAAUACACGAAUCCCGGUAAGCCGUUCCAGGAUACCGGCUCGGUCUAUACCUACACUAACAGUACGGUGAUGCAUCCGGAUGAUCAUACCGCUAGUAGCGUGACACCGAGCAUCGUCGGUAGUCGCGUCGCCACCGCGCCUAGCAGCGGUAUGAACUCCGGCAUGAGCACUCCUCGCGCGCACAGCCGUCGUAACUCAACGUCGACGUUCUCCACGACGUUCGGACUGGCGAAAAUGUUGAACGAGAGGGGAAUCAAAGCCGUCACGCCCUCGUGCGUGGGUACGCCCACCGACGAUCGGAAUUUCACGCCAACUGCCACGCCAUGCAACAGUCCGGAUGCGAGUCUAUCGCCUAGAUCGUCGUCACCGCCACCAGAAACCGGUGCCUCUCUAACAAUGGGGUUGCUCAGUAGCGGAGCGGAAUUACUCAGGCGUACCUUCAGCUACGAGACACCGGCGGUACAGUCUAAGAAGAAAAGAGCCAAGUCUACGAUCUCGCGUUCCGACAAGAAGGCUCUCACGGGGAUACGCUUAGUGGAGAAAUUGGAGAGGAUCGGUAUCGAUGCGAUAAUGGCUACCACCAUUAGCUCGUCGAUCUCACCGUUAGCUCUGCAGGGUGCUCUGUACACGCGUCGCUCAACUGGAAGUCCAAUGGCACAAUUGACUUUCCUCAAAACUUCAAUGUCCUCCAGCGCCAGCCAAGAAAAGCUAACAUCCCCUUCGUCUUCGGCAUCCUCCGUUAGUAACGAGUUCCCGUCGGGCAAGCCGCCAUUACCGAGCAAACGAGACGACAGUAAGCAGCCCGAGGCCAGUAUAUCCAGUUCCAAUGCAUUUAACUCGAGAGCGGGUCAAUCACCGGAUCGACAACGACGAUCGGGCGCUAGAGCGACUAGGCCUGAUCUGGGACGAGUUAAGCCACCAGUAACGACGUCUGUUACUAAAGAAUCCACCACACAAUCGGCAUUGGGAGCGAUAAGCUCGCUUCUCUUUGGUCGUAAGGGUGGUUUAUUGUAAAGACUUCGUGGAGCCUUUAAUAUGAAAAGCGGAUCAAUCAAUUCCAGCGAAUUAAUUAUUUAUGUACGUGCAAAAGAAAAGCUCAUUUUUUAUUACAUGGAGAUUUUGAUUUCCGCGUUAUUGCUUUGGCUAGCAGAAUUCGUGGCCUGUCGGUCAGCAUCAUUGUGCUUUCAUUCCUCUGUACAUUAAUUUGCCGCAUCGCAGUUUUCAAUGCAGUUGUAGCAAGUUAUUAUGUAAAGAUAAAAUUCUCGAACGAUCCUCUACAUGUUAAUUCUCACAACUUAUUGUAAAUUAGGUUAUUAUAAAUUAUAGGUUGCUAUAAAUACAUUUUGCACAAUGAACAUAAAAUCAUUCAAUUUUAAAUUUUAUUUGAAAAAUUACAAUGAACAUACAAGUAUAUGGAGAAUCUUUUAAACACGGUGUACAGUGAGCACGAAACUAUAUUUUAAGUUUUCUUGUAAAGAUAAUUAUUGUAAUCGGGACGAAAGACAAACAUUUUGUUACGUUGAGAAAGUUUGUCACGUCAAGAAAAAUCUGCGAACUCGAUCAAUUGCAAAGAACUUAAAGAUCAUUGUACCUCGUUGGGAGUAAAAUUAUAUUGAAAUAUUCAAUUUGUAUCUAUGGACUGCUACUUACUGUACAUGCAUAUCAUACUUUAACGACACAAACGAACGAAGAAUUAUACGCAUAAUUACACGCACGAAAGAAUGAUCUUUCUAUGAAGAAAACGCAGCUAAAACUCUACGUAAAAACAUACGUACAAAACGUACGUACAUAAUAUAAAUACUUUUAAUAAAUUUAUUUAAUAAUUUAUUUAAAAAUGAUAUGUAUAUAUAUAAUAUAGUAUUACCAGCACACAUUAGCAAAAAUUAGCCAAAGACUAAGAAAUUGUAGCAUGUAGUAUAUUUAUUCCUAAUUAUUUGGUUCCUUGUUUCAUUUUAAUAUCUGUGAUUGCUGAAAACGUAAAUCUCGAGUUUGGUCGGACAACGACUUUGGGAAACUACACAAGUUUGCUGUAAAUAUGCAGCACAGUUGGCACAGUCCAUACGUACACAGAAAUCAAGAUCGAGAUUCAUUUCUAAUGGUAUAGAAGAAGAUGAGAAAUAAAUAAAAAAGGACUAUAACAGCAGAGAACAGUUAACGAGAUUAAUACACAUUUUAAAUUUGCAGCUAAUGAUUGGAAAAUAAAUUAUUGACACAAUGUAAAUCAAUACAAAGAAGAGAGCGAGAGAAUGAGUGUGCGAUGCAUCCUAUUAUGAUACGAUGUUUUAUGCAAUUUUUAGCAUAAAGUCAAUCGAUUUGGUGCUAAUUUAUUUUCUCUAGCGAAUGUUUGAUGAAGAAUCAUAGAUUACAAUGCUAUUGUCAGUCUUUGCACGCGGAAGAUUGUGCAUUUAGCAUUGAUUUAUAAGUAUUGUACAGUAUAGUUUAAUGAUAUGCAGCAGGGUAAUCAAGCGUUUUACGUUUUCCUUUUUUUUUUAGCAAUUUCCUAUUUUUUCUUUCGUAACUUAUGGCAACUUUUACUUUCUGCAAAUAGGACUGACUUUUACGUAAGAGAACUGUAAUGUAUUAUAGGGAAGCGUGUUUAGCUCGACGCAGCCUUGUACAUAGACGUACAAAUUAAUAAAUUAAGUUGGAAAACAAUGCUAAUAUCGCUAUCCUACCUCGUUUGCAUUUCCGCCGACAUUUCCUCGUUUUCUUUUGAUCUUUCGAGAGGCCUAAAAUUAAAUUGAGAAAAUUACAGUGGAUACGUAUGUUAUUGUAAAUAGAGCGACUGACGAAUCGAUCGAGGAAAUAUGUUUUACUGCAAUUACGUUACAUGUUGAUACUUGAAAGAUGCUGGACGGGAAACUUUAACGAUAAACGAUGUCUCAUAUCUACUAACAAUCAUCGAUUCCUGCAAGAUAAUUUUGUAUACGUUGGGAACGAGUUUCGAGACCAAUUCUGAAGCCAACUAAUAAAAAAUAAAUUGUAUAUCGAAAACGACGAAUAAUAAAUAUUCUGCAUGAAGGAUCUAGAAUGUAGUAAAAAUGCAUUUAGAUAGAAUAUAGAUAUAUUUAUAUAUUAUAUUUCCCUUAAACAAAUAAUAAACACAAUAUACCAUAUACCGUUAAAGAGUUAUUAAAAAUCAAACGUAUCGGUAAUUGCGGUAAAAUCAAGUGAAUGUAUGAUCAUGAAACGGAGUAGGUAAAUAACGAAGCAUUGCAACUUAGAUGCAUGUCGGUUUUUCAUAAAAUCCGAGAAACUUUAUAAGGAAGCUUUACGUAAAGUGUAUAAAAAAUAAAUAAUGUAUAUAUAAACAAUACGAUAAAAGCUUUUGAUGCUAUUUGUUUUGUGGAAAAUCUUACAUGAUUAAUUUAUUCUGGCAACCAAUGAAAAUUGUACGCGGAUGUUCAGUUUUUGCAAUAAAUGAACAAUAUUUGUUAUAACAGGAAAGUUGCAUUGCUUCGAUAUAUGAUGUUCCUCUGGAAAAUAUAAUGUUAUAAUAAGUGAUAAUAUGAACUAUGAUCCUGUAUGCUAGUGUCUGUUAGAUUUACUGUUAGUAUACUGAGAUUGAGGCCUUAGUACCUGUAAAGUUUUCGUUUAGUGUUUAAUAUCUUAUUUUAGAUUGCAAUGCUGGCAUAUGUACUUGGAUUUCAUGUAGUACUUAUCAACAAGCAUCACCGUAUUAAUUUAUUCAAUCGGGCAAUUUAGAACAUGUUUGGAACAAAGUUCUUUAAGUCUAAAAAGGUGCUAUAUUAUCAUGCUAGAAAUCUUCAUAGUAAUGUAUAAUUGUUACAGUAGAGAUACAGUAUAUAUCUCCCAAAAUUGUGAACAAUAAAUAUAUUUAAGUACUAAUGAUGUAUAUA